AUGGGAGACUAUUUAAAUGUAGGUAGUAUAAAUCCAAAUUUGGAAAUUCUUGAAAAAAAGAAAUCGCAGUCGAAAUCGGACAUCCUAGGAGGAAAUUUGUCGAGUCGCCAAUUAUAUUUAACAGGAUAUGGAAGACAUUGGGGAGAAAAAUUAACAUAUUCAGUAGGUUUAGCCUACGGAUCUGGAAUCCUAUGCGGAGGUUCAUUUGGAUUACUAAAGGGAAUUUCAAAGGGAGGAGCAACGACCAAAUUAUUUGUAAACUCAAUUCUAAAUAAUUGCAGUACAUAUGGCCCGAAAUUAGGGAAUAGACUAGGAUGCCUUACUAUAAUAUAUUGUGGAAUAAAUAGUCUUGUAAAGACAAUAAGAGGCUCAGACGAGAGUGACAAGUACAGUGCUCCAAUAGCUGGUCUUCUCUCAGGAGCAGUUUAUAAGAUUUCAGGCCCACUUAAGGCAACGGCAAAGUACUCACUGGGCACUGGACUAGUUUUCACAGCCAUAGAUUACGCAUUAAGAAACUCUUUCAUCUAA